AUGCUUCCUACAAACAUACCAAACCUUGAAACCUUGAUAAACCAAAGGACAGUCCGUAGACCCGUCAACAGCUUCUACAGAAAGCGCGAUUACACCCGUCGCGAGCUGGACACACUGAGACGACUCGAACCCGACGCAAGCAAAGCAAUUGGGCGUCAAUUGUCAGACACAGAACGCAAUGUCUUGCUCGAGUAUAAAGGGCGGCUGAUUGCCACUCAAUCCCGGACCAAGACUCUUGGAUCUUCGACCGGUAUUCUGACAGGAUUGGUCAUCACUUUCAACGUACCAAGAGUACGCAGUCUCUGGAACCGUGGUCUAUAUCUUCGCUGGACCUGGAAUCUGUGCUGGCGUACUUAUGCCAGUUACUACGUCGCCUGCGAACUCACCCGAUACCGGCUUGCAUCUCAGGCUGGGCUGCCUCCUCUACCCAUCAAGAUCCUCAGUGACCCUCGCAUGGGUGCGUUCAAGGAAUCGAUUGCGCUUCGAAAAGAGGAGUUUGGUGGACACGAGCCAUUCAUCUUUAGAAGCUGGAGAGAGCUGAGCAACGCUGAACCAGCAAUUCAAUGGUUCAGAGCUGCUUCUACAAGUCCCAUGAAGGGUCCGCAGGACCGGCCACCUAUCGUGGAUCAUCCCGAGCUUCAUUGGUUUAGAGCAUGGCCAUCAGCAAGCGACGGAGAGCGGCCGGGAGAUGAUGUGUUGGCGAGUAGGACGCAANAAAUGAUCGAACCUUUGGACGCUCCCAACCUUACACGAAACCCAUUAGAACGGCUGAGAUCAUCCUUGUUCACUUACGAUACUGCGGAUCUGACUUUGAAACCUUGCAUGUAUGUCGAAUAA